AUGAACUCUAACCUUCCCAGCGGAUUGAAAUACAUAUGCGACCCUCUUGAAUUGAAAGGUUUUUUUUCAGAAGGGGAGGUGCUUAGACAAGACAUUGAGUUUGUCUCUGUUUUGACCAGUAUAGACUUCAACCCAAAGUCUAGGUGUUUAUUCCAAUUCAGCAAUUUCAGGCCUGGCGAAAGCGUAUCUCCUGAUUACACUUGUAAAAUAACAUGCAACAAUGUGGAGACCUUGAACCUCACGAAGCUAACUCUCUCGCUUGUAUCGCAGCAGUUCGAUCUAGAUUUCCCAGAUUUGAAUGAUGCCGAAGGUUUCUAUAUGAAAGAUAUACACCUAGAGAAGCUUUGUUUCGUGUGCUGUAAAGGGACUUUUGUUACAUGCGACAACAAAGGCGGUAUUUUUCUGCAGGGCUUGCGCAUCAUUGAUAUACACUCUUCACUGUUCGACCCCACAAAACGAGAUGAGAGGUCAUCAAUCAGCGAAACUGUGCGAGUUAUAUUCGACAAUCUUGUAAAACUUAACGAUAACUCCAAGGCCCAGUUCAAAUUCGUCAAACUUCAGAACUACGAUACCGCUAUGAGAAAAUACAUCCAAUCUAGACAAGAAAGCAUGCUAUCGCUAAAAGAAAAAAAUCCUCUAUUUGGACUCUUGAAGCCCCGAGCUGAUCAUGAUUCACAAAAUGAUUUUGAUUCACAGCUGCCCGACCCUGACUCCAACCUAGAUAACGCGAUUUUUUAUGGUCAUCGUAUACCAAGUGAAAGCCUUGAUUCGCAAACUCCAAACCUAGUUUCAAGUGAGAUAAUCGAAGAAGGACAGAGCCCAUCUGUUGCUGGAGCAGCCGGUACUCCAGCAGCUCUAUCAGGCUCAAACAAACCAUCAUCUUAUCAAGGAUCCGGUUCGCUAUCCAUUUCACAGAUAAGCCCUCCAAGAGAGACAGAGUACGUUCGCUUAAGCCGAGAUUUUGAAACCAGUGCGAUUGAAUCGAACAAGCGCUCAGCAGUUGUCACUUCUGACCAAGAAAUUCGAGAUGAUUCUUCUCUUGAUGACGAUAUUCUGGAAUUUUCGCUCAGCACACAUUCUGUGGACAAGAACGAACUUUCACAAACCUCGAGGGGUAGUCAGCCAACUUCCAAGCGGCAGAGAAUACAGAUGUUAGGAAACAUUAGUCAAAAAGAUCCAAAUUCUUAUAUGUUUCAUGCCUCGUUAGACGAACCUUUGAUUAUAAGUGGCGUAGUCUUUGGGCUUCGUAUAAAUGACGCUGCGUCAAGUCCUAGUAUUGCGCUCUAUAUUCACGCAGGCAGCCUUCAAAAUGAAAGUGUUUCCGCAAAUCUUUAUCCGUACAAGAAUUGCACCGAGGUCCUGGCAUAUGCAAGCGAUAGCAUUGAGCUAAACUCGAAGCUUUUUCCAGCCGAGAAUUCUGCAGAAAUGCUUGAAGCACUGCGGUGGUACGUCGAAGAUAAAAAGGUUGAGCUCAAAGUCAAAAAGUCGUCCAUACUCCUGGCCGACGGGUAUUUCACCUUUGCGUGGACCCUCGUUUCAGUAAAGACUGCGGGUGACGCCCCGAAAUUGAGCACAUCUCAGACAAGCCAUACUCCGCGAUCCAGUCAGAUUGUAGGUUCAAGUCAGGAAGCCUCGCAAGACUCUCUGGAUCCCUUGAAAACCUUUGGUGAAAUCUCCAUAUCAGGCAACGAGGUUGAAUUCAUCAGAACGUUUGCUCUCCUCGUGAGCGCAAAGACAUUUGGCUCCAAAAUGCACAAGUUCGUUUUCACUGACUUCACGUCACACCCCAAGAAUAAGCUGUCCGCAUUUGAUUCUUUCCUAGGAUCUUACACGAAUCGCCUGCCCCAAGACAUGGCGUUCCCUUUCGUGAUAUACAAUGACCAUUUCCGCGAGUUUACCACUCGACUGCAAAGGCACACGGGAUACAAUUUCAAUCAGCUUUACAGCGGGAACGAUAACAACCUCUCGAACCGAGGGAUCGUGUGCAGGUUGUCGUUAAAGGUCAAACUCUACUCCGGUGGCAUCGACGGAAUUAUCAGAAGGUGCGAGCCGAUCGUGGUAACGAAACGUCUGCCAAAAGAUGAGGAAAGGCACAUCACCGAAUUCUACGACCGGGCGAUCCGCGAGAUCCCCCAGAUUGUGCUUCUUAACAACUUCGACAGCUACAAAACUUUUUUUCCCAUCGCGAUGUUCCGAGGUCUUGUCGUACUCGACACCAGCGACGCCCAGAACCAGCAUCGCACGCCGCCGUCGUCACAGCCGGCCCUGGGCGCUCUCCAGCCUCUGCCCCAGAGGCCACCUCCAAAGCUCCACAUUGAGCUUGAGCAUUUCACUGUCAACCGCCACAUGGAAAUACCGGUUCUGUACGGCUUAGACGCCACUGACAGCUCUCAUCUCUUCGAGCUCAGGGCCAAAGUCGUGGCGGCUAUUCGCACGGGCGAACUGUUGGCCUUCUAUGUCACUAACGACUGGAUUUCACAGGACAUGCUGGAUCCAACGCGAGUGCUGCGUGUUGAGAUACCCGGCCGCUCCAACAUGGACUACUUUUUUGGGACUUACGCUAGCCAAGAAACGCGCCCAGACCUCGCGGCACGUGACGCUCAACUCGGGACCAUGAUCGGCGAAACGUUCACGUUCCGCCUGGUUACUUUUGCUGUUCCUGUGAGCCCCAGCAGAUUUCUACGCACCUGGUGUCCUGUAGAAUGCACGAUCCAAGAACUAAGUUACGAACUGGCAGCUCGACGGGGUCAAGCCGCUGCUAGGGUCAAGCUUGAAGAUUCCUAG